AAUGCAAAGUGUAAUAAACUCCGUAAAGGGCACUGCGCUGGGCGUCGCUGAGUACCUGACACCGGUGCUGAAGCGCCGAACGAAACGGAGAACAGAGACGCACAGGAAGUUCUGAUGUAAUCGAUGAAAGAAGAGGAGGAAAGCAAAUUCCGAGAAACAGGCGUUUUGACACCGGAGGAAUUUGUAGCAGCCGGCGACAAUUUGGUGCAUCAUUGUCCCACGUGGCAGUGGGCCACCGGCGACGAGGACAGGGCAAAGUCUUACUUACCAAAGGGCAAACAGUUCCUGCUGACUCGCAAUGUUCCUUGUACACGUCGAUGUAAGCAGAUGGAAUACAGCAACGAGCAAGAGUGUAUUAUAGAAGCUGACGAUCCUGAAGGCGGUUGGGUAGACACCCAUCAUUACGCCACUAGUGUCGCUGGUCUGGACGAAAGAGUGACGGAAAUGGCACUGGAGGAGACACUGGGGGAAUCGUCUGAACUUCAAGACAACGCGGACGAGGAUGAGGAUGACGAGGACGCCGCUGAUAUGGAGGCCUUCGAGAUCAGCGGCAUGCUGGACGAGCAGGAUAAGCACGCAGCAACGGAAAGCGCGAAGAAAACCGGCCAUGAGAAACUGGAUUCGUUUACGGAGGGAGAGAUCAUUCGCACUCGCACCUACGACUUGUACAUUACAUACGAUAAAUAUUAUCAGACACCCAGAUUAUGGUUGUACGGAUACAACGAGAAUCGGAAGCAGCUUAGCGUGGAAGAAAUGUACGAAGAUGUUAGUCAAGAUCAUGCUAAGAAGACGGUCACGAUGGAGACUCACCCGCACAUACCUGGCCCCCCUAUGGCUUCUGUUCACCCCUGCAGGCACGCCGAGGUAAUGAAGAAAAUUAUGGAGACGGUGAUGGAGGGCGGUGGAGAAUUAGGAGUGCAUAUGUACCUCAUUAUAUUUCUGAAAUUUGUUCAGUCCGUCAUACCGACAAUUGAAUAUGACUACACGCAAAAUUUUAUGCUAAACGCGAUCGGCUAAAUACGUUAUUAGUGCUAUCGACAUUAUAUUGUGAUUAAUAUAAAUUGCUUAUCAACUGUAUUUAGUGGAUACGCGGGAUAAAUGUGUAUCGAUGUUUACUACGCUUUUCAUCAUAAGUGCGAAAAUCCUAAGGAUAUUCGAGAUUAUAAAAGGAUCCAAGAAAAUUUCGUGCAUCUUGAAUUGACUUUCGAGGAUACGGAAAUUAUAAAAAUAUCGAACGAUCCACUCCCAAGACUCCAAAGAUAUGAAACCGCACGGAUCUCGAGCGUUCAGCAUUUAAAGAUCCAUUUGUACACUCGUCCUAAUUAAUUUUAAGCAAACUUGUACACCUUCACUUUUUUAUAUUGCAAGAUACUAAGUUGAACAGACAUUUAACUUGACAACUGUUAGACAAUAAGCGAGGAAUAAAGGCUACACUGAAAGCAACGAAAGGAAUCGGCAGAGAGAAAUACAGAAAUAAUGUCCUAUAUGUUUAUAAUCAAUGAUUUAUUGUUUGUUAAUUGAUCAUUUCUAAAGAAACGCUUAAAUAUUUAUCAAAAUCGGUUAUAGUUAAUUAUUCUAAAAAUAAAUUGAAAUAUUC